GAAAACUAUAGAGAGAGAGAGAGAGAGAGAGAGAGAGAGAGGGGGAAGGCACUUUACCACUUUUAUAUGUUGCACGCAUCCAAAUAGCAGAAAACAGAGGGAAGACAAAAUACUCCAAAAAACACACCAGAAGAGGAGGAGAAGCCAGGAGAACCCACCAAAGCCAAACCACACCAACAGAAGAAGAAAGAAAGAAAGGAAGAAGAUGAUGACUCAAGAAGAGGAAAGCCAAAAAGAGGAGAAGAAAAAUGGGUCUUUGUGGUCUUCCUGUUUCUAACUAUUACAAAACACAAUUUGACUUUCAACUCAUAAUAGAGAGAGAAGAGAAGCAAGUGGAAGAAGAAGAAGCAACAUCAACAACGAAACUAAGGUGUGUGUGAUGAGUUUCUAAAAAAAUUUGUCUUUGUUGAGCCUCUAAAAACUCUCACCUUCCUCUUCCUCAAAAAAAAAAAAAAAAAAAAAUCCCAGUUCUUUUUUUGUGCUUUGUUAUUUGAAAAAAAAAAGAAAAGAAAAAAAACUGGAGGUUUUUGGGGUGUCGUUGGGCAAAAUUGUUGUGAAUUUUGUUUUGUGGUUUUGCUUGCUUUAGAUGAAGGCCAUGCCCCUACCCUUUGAGGAGUUUCAAGGGAAGGGGGUGUUAGAUUUCUCUUCUUCUUCAUCGUCUUCUUCAGAUUCACCACAAAACUGGACCACUCUGAACACCACCACCACCACCAUAAACACAACCCCAAACACAAACACAACAACCUUAACCAUCAAAAAAAGCAGCAAAGACAAGAAUUGCUAUGUGGGCUCUGAGCCCACCUCAGUUUUGGACGCCAGAAGAAGCCCAAGCCCUCCCACUUCCUCCUCAACCCUGUCUUCCUCCCUCGGCGGCGGCGGCGGCUCUAACAGCGGUGGUGGGUCCCACUCCACCGACACCACCCCCACCGGCGUGGCUGCGGCGGCGGCGGCGGUAUCCGACCACCACCACAACCAACUCCCACUGACAACGACAUUUCUAGAAGAAGAAAAAUGUGGGCUUGGAAUGGAGGAUUGGGAAAGCGUCUUGUCUGAGUCACCGGGUCAAGAGCAGUCCAUUUUGAGGUUGAUCAUGGCUGAUGUUGACGACCCUUCUCUCGGCCUCAACAAGAUUUUGGAAACCACAACAACAACGACAACACCAACAACUGGAGGUAGCGUUUCUCAUUCUCAAGAUAUGGAAUUCAAUGCCGGUUUUGGAGUUGUGGAUGAUCAGGUAGGGGGGUAUGGUUUUGAGCCUCCUAAUAUUAUAGACCCCCACUCUUUUUCUUCUUCUGAUUUCCAUUUUACCAAUAAUGUCAGACUUGCCCAAAACACAAACCCCACCAUGUUUUCUCCCAACAAUCUCUUGCCGGUUUUUCAUAAUCAGCAGCAGUUGAUGGAGUCUGUUGUGGAUGCCAAGCCUCAGAUUUUCAAUAACAACCCCCAGAUGGUGAUGAUAAACCAGAACCAAGCGGCUCAGUUCUCUCACCACAACCCAUCAUCAGCGUUGGUCAUGCCUUUGACAUAUGCCCACUUGCAAGAACACCAUGUGGUUUCACCCCCACCUGCCAAGAGGCUCAACACCGGUGUUGGUGGUCUUGGUGGGCCCAAUUUUCAUGUCCAGCAGAAGGUUCAGUUUCCUUACACCGGCCAAGAACAGCAGCUCCAAUUGCUCUCACACCAGAUUAGGCCAGCAUUGAACACAACAACAGCAACAACAGCCAUGGGAGUGAUGAAGCAGAAGAGUGGUGGUACUGCUACUGCUACUGCUACUAGUGAUGAGCAAUUACUGGUGGGGAGCCAACCUCACCAGGUUGUUCAGCAGGCUAUAACUGACAACCUCUCCAAGGCCGCAGAGCUGAUCGAAACCGGUACCCCGGUACUCGCGCAAGGGAUAUUGGCGCGGCUCAAUCACCAGCUCUCUCCUCUUGGUAAGCCUUUCCAAAGGGCUGCUUUCUAUUUCAAAGAGGCCUUGCAAUUGCUCCUCCAAACCAACAACAACAGCAACGUCAACAACAACCACCCUUUUGCCUUGUCCUCCUCGUCGUCGCCAUUCAAUCUUAUUUUGAAGAUUGGGGCUUACAAGACCUUCUCCGAGAUCUCACCGGUUCUUCAAUUCGCAAAUUUUACUUGCAACCAAGCCAUUCUUGAGGCUACAGAAGGGUUCACUAGAGUUCAUGUCAUUGACUUUGACAUUGGCUAUGGAGGUCAAUGGGCUUCUUUUAUGCAAGAGCUUGCCUUAAGAAAUAGUGGUGUCGGAAAUGGGGUUUCUCUUAAGAUCACCGCCUUUGCAUCCCCGUCAACACACGACGAAUUCGAGCUCGGUUUCACUCAGGAAAACCUCAAACACUUUGCUUCAGAGAUCAACUUGGCGUUUGAGCUUGAAAUCUUGAGCCUUGAGAUGUUGAACUCUGGCUUGUGGCCACAGAAUCUUCAUGUCUCGGACAAUGAGGCAAUUGCUGUGAACCUCCCUAUUGGUCCCUUUUCCAAUUACCCUUUGUCCCUCCCUUUGGUCCUCCGCUUUGUGAAGCAGCUUUCUCCGAAAAUCGUCGUCUCGUUAGAAAGAGGCUGUGACAGAACGGACGUCCCAUUUCCUGCCCAACUCGUCCACGCCCUUCACUCCUAUUCAGGUCUGCUCGAGUCUCUCGACGCCGUGAAUGUCAACCUUGACGCGAUGCAGAAGAUCGAGAAGUGCCUGCUCCAGCCGGGGAUAGAGAAAAUCGUGCUGGGGCGCCACAGGAAUUCGCUGGACAGGAUGCUGCCUUGGAGGUCCGCGUUUUUGAACUUGGGGUUCUCGCCAUUGACGUUCAGCAACUUCACCGAAUCACAAGCCGAGUGCUUGGUGCAGCGGACUCCGGUUAGGGGGUUCCAUGUUGAGAAGAAGCAGUCUUCUUCGCUUGUCCUCUGCUGGCAGCGGAAAGAGCUCGUCUCGGCCUCGGCCUGGAGGUGCUGAGAAUGGUGAAAGUGAAGAUAAGAAACAAAGAAAGAAGAACCGGCAUUUUGACAUAUUGGUUCUCUCUACCAAUUGAUUUUUCUUCAGGUCAUUUGGAGGUGCUUCAUAACUUACUGCUUCUAGUUUUUAUCCUUUUGGAAGAUUUUUCUUUUUCCUGUGCUUCUUAUGCUAAUUGUCUAUGUGCUGUAGGCCCUAUUAUUUUCCAAUCAAGAACCAAAAACGUUUUAGUUAA